AUGGCUGACAUCAAAAUGCUAUUGCAGAUCCAAGUGGAGGAGAAAGAAGAAGACACCGAGGAAAGCUCAAGUGAAGAAGAAGAUAAACUACCAAGAAGAGAGAGCUUGAGACCAAAGAGGAAACGGACCAGAGAUGUUAUCAGGGAGGAUGACCCAGAACCUGAGCCAGAGGAUGAAGAGACAAGGAAAGCAAGAGAAAAAGAAAGGCGGAGGAGGCUGAGGAGAGGAGCGGAAGAGGAAGAAGAGAUUGAUGAAGAGGAAUUAGAACGAUUGAAGGCACAGUUAGAUGAGAAUAGACAAAUGAUUGCUACUGUCAAAUGCAAACCUUGGAAAAUGGAGAAGAAAAUUGAAGUUCUCAAGGAAGCCAAGAAAUUUGUGAGUGAAAAUGAAGGGGCUCUUGGGAAAGGAAAAGGAAAGAAGUGGUUUGCAUUUAAGAUGAUGAUGGCCAAGAAAUGGGCAAAAUUCCUCCGAGACUUUGAGAACUUCAAAGCUGCUUGUGUCCCAUGGGAAAACAAAAUCAAGGCAAUUGAAAGUCAGUUUGGCUCAUCAGUGGCCUCAUACUUCUUGUUCCUGAGGUGGAUGUAUGGUGUCAACAUGGUACUCUUUAUCCUGACAUUCAGCCUCAUCAUGCUACCAGAGUACCUCUGGGGUUUACCAUAUGGCAGCUUACCUAGGAAAACAGUCCCAAGAGCUGAAGAGGCAUCUGCAGCCAACUUUGGCGUGUUGUACGACUUCAAUGGUCUGGCACAGUACUCUGUCCUCUUUUAUGGCUACUACGAUAAUAAACGCACGAUUGGAUGGCUGAAUUUCCGGCUACCUCUCUCGUACUUCCUGGUGGGGAUUAUGUGCAUUGGAUACAGCUUUCUGGUUGUCCUCAAAGCGAUGACCAAGAAUAUUGGUGAUGAUGGAGGUGGCGAUGACAACACUUUCAACUUCAGCUGGAAGGUAUUCUGCAGCUGGGACUAUCUGAUUGGUAACCCCGAAACAGCCGACAACAAAUUUAAUUCAAUCACAAUGAACUUCAAGGAAGCCAUCAUAGAAGAAAGAGCAGCCCAGGUGGAGGAGAACAUCCACCUCAUCAGAUUCCUGAGGUUUCUUGCUAACUUCUUCGUGUUCCUAACACUUGGUGCAAGUGGAUACCUCAUCUUUUGGGCUGUGAAGCGAUCCCAAGAAUUUGCACAGCAAGAUCCUGACACCCUUGGGUGGUGGGAAAAAAAUGAAAUGAACAUGGUUAUGUCCCUCCUGGGGAUGUUCUGUCCCACACUCUUUGACUUAUUUGCUGAACUGGAAGAUUAUCAUCCUCUCAUUGCUCUGAAGUGGCUCCUGGGGCGCAUUUUUGCUCUUCUUCUAGGCAACUUGUAUGUGUUUAUUCUUGCAUUGAUGGAUGAGAUUAACAACAAGAUUGAAGAGGAGAAGCAUGUAAAGGCCAAUAUUACCCUGUGGGAAGCCAACAUGAUUAAGGCUUACAAUGAAUCCCUCUCUGGGAACACCACAGGACCACCCUUUUUCGUUCAUCCUGCAGAUGUACCUCGAGGACCCUGUUGGGAAACAAUGGUGGGACAGGAGUUUGUGCGCCUCACCGUGUCCGAUGUUCUGACCACGUAUGUCACGAUCCUCAUCGGUGACUUCCUCAGAGCGUGCUUCGUGAGGUUUUGCAAUUACUGCUGGUGCUGGGAUUUGGAAUACGGCUAUCCUUCAUACACAGAAUUUGACAUCAGUGGCAAUGUCCUCGCUCUGAUCUUCAACCAAGGCAUGAUCUGGAUGGGCUCCUUCUUUGCCCCUAGUCUUCCAGGUAUCAACAUCCUCCGACUCCACACAUCCAUGUAUUUUCAGUGCUGGGCUGUGAUGUGCUGCAAUGUUCCCGAGGCCAGAGUCUUUAAAGCUUCCAGAUCAAACAACUUCUACCUUGGCAUGCUGCUGCUCAUCCUCUUCCUGUCCACCAUGCCCGUCCUGUACAUGAUCGUCUCCCUCCCGCCAUCUUUUGAUUGUGGGCCCUUCAGUGGUAAAAACAGGAUGUUUGAAGUCAUCGGUGAGACCCUGGAACAUGAUUUCCCGAGCUGGAUGGCGAAGAUCCUGAGGCAGCUUUCUAACCCCGGCCUGGUCAUUGCUGUCAUUCUGGUGAUGGUUUUGACCAUCUAUUAUCUCAAUGCUACCGCCAAGGGCCAGAAAGCAGCAAAUCUGGAUCUAAAAAAGAAGAUGAAAAUGCAAGCUUUGGAGAACAAAAUGCGAAACAAGAAAAUGGCAGCUGCUCGAGCAGCUGCAGCUGCUGGUGGCCAAUAACUUUGUCAAAUAUCCUGGGGGGCUCAGAAGUACUCUUCAUUUCCCCUUUUGAAUGUAGUGAGCUAUGACGGGAAGGGCCAAUGGACUAGCGUUGGGGAACAGCUGCAUUGUGAUCUACCACCGAUGGGUCAUCAAGGUCACAGUCACGACCAUCUAUCAAGGGAUCAUCAGCUCUCCUUAAGCAAGAAG